CCCGGAAUCCUAGCGGCCUUUCUGGUAGCUGACGAAGCUGAAGCUCCAGGUCUGUCUUACCUGCAGGGCCCUGCCUGUCACCUCUGCUCCUCCCUCAUCCAUCCUGCUUUCCUCAGUGACAGCUCUGUGGUUGCCCACAGGACUUGACAAGAACUUUCCAGGUUCUUGAAACUCAGCUACCAUCUCCACAACCUUUCUGCGUGCCUAUCAGCUCCCCUGCCCAGAGGCCAAACUCGGCAGUCUCUUUGGGGUUAGAGGAAGAAUGUGGAACCCAGCCACCCCAGAGAGGCCUGGAGUAGGCAGAGCAAGUUCUGCCUGGCUGCUGGAGCACUGCCCCGGGCGUGGCCGGGCUGCCCGUCUGGUCCCCUCGCACAAGAAUCUGCAUGCUUCUUCCCUUCCCUGCUUCCUUCCUCUUGUUCCUCCCUCGCCAACCUACCUGGAGGCAGGUAAUAAAGCAAGAGGAGGGAGAUGGAUGGAUGGGGAGGGCAGAGAGCCACGUGGUGCCAUAAAGCCCAGCUAUUGAGGGGGCCGUCUGGGGAGUGUCCAGCCUGCAGGAGUCAACGCUCAGAAGGUGGACUGUCAGCCUUGUGAGCCGGAGCUGGAGCAUCAAGGCCCGGGAGGAGGCCAUGCACCGAGGCACACCAGGACCAGGCCUCAAAGGCCUGAAGGGGGCCGAAUGCUCCGCUGAAGACUUGGGGGACUCUUGCCUGGAGGCCGGGAGAGAUUUCGGGGUGCUGAGAGAGAACGGCGCGCCCCGCGGCCUGGGCGAGGCAGAGGAGGUGGCGAGCAGCAGAAAGCGCGCGCGGCCGGUGCGGUCCAAGGCUCGGCGCAUGGCGGCCAACGUGCGGGAGCGCAAGCGCAUCCUGGACUAUAACGAAGCUUUUAACGCGCUGCGCCGGGCGCUGCGGCACGACUUGGGCGGCAAGAGGCUCUCCAAGAUCGCCACGCUGCGCAGGGCCAUCCACCGCAUCACGGCGCUCUCCCUCGUCCUGCGCGCCAGCCCCGCGCCCUGCUGGCCCUGCGGACACCUGGAGUGCCACAGCCAGGGCGCGCGCGCCGAGGGCGCGGGGGAUGCGGGUUCCAGCUCGCCGCGGCCCAUGCCGCUGCCCGCCGGGCCCAGCCUUGCGCGCCGGGACCCCUCCGGCCCUUUCGUGCCGCGCUGCGCCUCGUGCUCCCCGCACACGCUCCUGGGACAGCCCAGGGCGGUGGGCGAGGCUCAGGGCUUGGCCCAGACCUCCCCCGGAAAUUGGCGCCGGUGUCCGGGGGCUCCCUGUGCCUGGCCGCGGGGAUACCUGUGAGCAGGCCCUGGCCUGGGCUCCCAGCACUCCUGACCUGGCCACCGAGCGCACCCGCGAGCCUCGAGGGAGGCCGGCUUGGGAGGAGCCAAUGGCAGGAUGCCUACAAAAGAGAAGACUGCGGAAAAACGUCCCUAGCUGAGCAAAACUGAAUGGGCUGAGGCCUGAGGGAGAAAGGAAGCAGCCUUGGCAGUAGGAAGGAACUCCGGAGCCAGGGGCAGCACUCCCUAGCCCCCCACAAUCCGAAAUAGAGGCGGCAGCUCCGAGAACGGAGCGGGACCCUCCUGGGCUUUCAUAGGAUUGGACUUGAUGAACGCUUCUUGGAAAGUGACCUUUGCAUUCUUGCGCCUUUGAGUCCUAUUUUCUCUUGCUGCUUUUUAGGAGAAUGGGGGCUUUUGGACAAGGGGACUUGUGUGUAUGGGAGUGUGGGUGGCCCCUGGUGCGAUGUGAUGGCACAGUGUGGGGUCCCUGCCUGUGCUGAUGCCCCAAGUCUGUGAUUUGGGAGGGGCAAUCAGAAGCAGCUAAAAUAAAAAAGAAAACCUAUCAUGUC